ACGCGUGAUAAUCUUGCGUGACAGGUGACCCCCAGGCGGAAUCACCUACAAGGGAACGCCCAGGCCCGUCACAGGCAGGUCGGGGUCGUCCGUAGUAGUGCAGUGGGCUGGUCUUCAACUGGGGAAGUCAAGCGGAAAAUCGCCAGUGGUUGAACGACAUCUCCAGACGCAGUUCGUGGGAAAACAACGACACAACUACCAUCUAAUCGCUUCACUCCCUCCAAUCCGCAUCUACGACUCCCCGAACAGUCCGAUCUAGGAUAUAUAGGGGACGAGGAACUGAGGAAGAAGAAAAGGAGGUGACAAUGGUGCUGUGCUGUCGGAUGCAGGAGAUCCGAGCCCUGGCCUGCUUGCUGGCGGCAGCCACCCUGGUCCUAACCGUCGUGGCCACCGCCACCAGCACCUGGCGCGUCACGGAGGAGACCUUCUUCAGGGAGAGCUUCGGGAUUUUCAUAUCGUGCAGAUUCCAGGGGUACUACCGGAGCUGUAAGCUACUGGAUAUCGGUACCGACGAGGGCUGGCUGCACGCCGUCCGGUUCCUCAUGGUGUUCUCCGUCUUCACGGCGUUCGUCGCCUUGGUGCUGGGCAUUCUGGGAUUCAUCUGUAUUUCUCACAAGAUCAACCAGCCCAAAGUUGCCGGCGCACUCAUGAUCCUCACAGGUCUCCUAAUCAUGAUCGCCGCUGCGCUGUACACCGGCUUCAUCCGUGGUACCCCGGGCCCCGGCGGUGUGGUGCUGUACUGGGGAUACUCCUACAUCAUCGCCUGGGUCUGCAUGGUGCUGGCGCUCAUCUCCGGGCUUCUCUUCUUCCUCGUGUACGACCUGCCCAAGGACAUGUGGGAUCCGUAUGAAGGCAGCAUCUAUAUGUAAAUUCAAGGUUUCCACCUAGUUCUUGCACUGUAUUUAGUGUUUACUCGCAUGAAUACGUUGUUAUACCAUGUCAUGCAGCCGACGAGCUUCGAUCGUAUCUAUUGAUGAUCAGGUGGUUGUCGACUGUAAAAAUCACCACAGACUGGAGCAUAUUUGUCGCCUAAAAUCUAUCCCACCACAUUCGACGGGGUUGUUGGAUCUGUGAACUUCAGCCGAUCUUUAAAAAUCGCGCGAUGGUCAAGAGAACACCUGGUGUAUUGCCGUCGAAAACGACUUGUCGACAGGCUCAUUUUACUGUUGUGUAACAAGGGCUUAAAGGUCUCUGUAGCCAUUAUUUCACCCAAGCUAUAGAAUAGUUCACACUUAGAUAUCCAACUUUGUCUGUGGCUGUAUGGCUAUA